UGUGCGCUAGCACCUAGCACCGGGCGGUUUAGUUUUUUGUAUUUCGUUCGGCCGUGCAUUCGUGUCUUAUUAAAAAUCUUGUUUUUCUUUCAUGGUGAUGUAUCAAAACAUCUUUUGUAAUUUUAUUGGUUUAUCCUCGUGAAACGGUAGUAUUCACAUAAAGCCGUGACAGAUAUAUUGUCAUAAUGGCUAUCUCAAGGCGUCAAAUAUUACGCCUUCUAAGGGUCCGCAAUCUUCUAAUGCUGACUCUGAUAGCUCUACUGCUGUACAUAGUUAAAUUGCUGAACAACCUUGAUGCUGGCAACCAAUUUUCAAAUCAAGCUCUUGAAGUGAUCCGCGCACCACUAAGGUUCCGACAGGAUAAAGACCUUUUUGUACCAGCUAAUUUAAAUAAAAUCGACUGGCAUGACUAUGUUUUGUUAGAACAUGAAAGGAAACGAGUGGGGAUUGGUGAACACGGAAAACCAGCGUUUUUGUCAAAAUCAGAAAGUGAACACGAACAGGCAUUGUAUUCUGUGAAUGGUUUCAAUGGUGCACUGAGUGACAAAAUUCCACUGAACCGUUCUCUUCCUGACAUUCGGCAUGCUAAAUGUGCCACGAGGCUGUACAUUGCGUCUUUGCCUACUGUGAGCGUAGUGGUUCCCUUCCACAACGAGCAUUGGAGUACGCUGCUCAGGACUGCAUUUAGCGCUUUGCUACGUUCACCCAGCACUCUGUUGAGGGAAGUUAUUCUAGUCGACGAUGCGAGUACCAAAGAUUUUUUAAAGGAAAAAUUAGAAGUAUAUUUAGCAGAACAUAUGCCGAAGGUGAGAGUCAUAAGGCUGGAGAAGCGCAGUGGCCUGAUCACGGCUCGUUUAGCUGGUGCGAAGGUAGCCACGUCUGAUGUCCUGGUCUUCCUGGAUUCCCACACCGAAGCCAACGUCAACUGGUUGCCGCCACUACUAGAACCGAUAGCCUUGGACUACCGAACAGUUGUAUGUCCGUUUAUUGACGUGGUCGCGUACGACACGUUUGAGUACCGCGCGCAAGAUGAAGGCGCCAGAGGUGCUUUUGAUUGGGAGUUCUUCUACAAGCGGCUGCCUAUACUGCCUAAGGACGAAAAGAAUAUGCCUGAACCUUUCGAGAGUCCUGUUAUGGCCGGUGGUUUAUUCGCAAUAUCGCGCAAAUUUUUCUGGGAGCUCGGUGGAUACGACCCUGGCUUGGACAUCUGGGGAGGAGAACAGUACGAGCUUAGUUUUAAGAUAUGGCAGUGCGGUGGUCGUAUGAUAGACGCGCCAUGUUCCCGCGUCGGUCACAUCUACCGCAAGUUCGCGCCCUUCCCCAAUCCUGGACAUGGUGACUUUGUUGGCAAGAACUACCGCCGUGUCGCCGAAGUAUGGAUGGACGAGUACGCGCAGUUCCUAUACGCAAGACGUCCUCACUACCGUAACAUUGAUCCCGGCGACAUCUCCGAACAGAAGGCGCUGCGAGAGAAACUGCAGUGCAAGCCUUUUAGGUGGUUCAUGACGCAGAUCGCGUUUGAUCUAACAGCCAAGUACCCGACGGUAGAGCCGAAACCAUUCGCUAAAGGACGUGUGCGGCCGGUAUCCAACACGAACGUGUGUAUAGACGCGCGCAACGGGGAGAAGCUCGAGAGACUGAGCAUCACAGACUGCGCUGAAGUCAGCGAUCCUGAACAGAACUUCGUCUUCUCCUGGCAUAAGGAUGUCAAAGUAUCAUCCCGCAACAUGUGUUGGGAUCUCCCCGAGACUGCGGACGAGAGUCGCAUUAAGCUGUUCUCAUGCCAUCUUGGUGGUGGCAAUCAGUUGUGGAGAUACCUUACGGACACGAAACAAAUAAAACACGGUUCAGGCGAACACUGCAUAGACUGGCGCCCAACGACCAGAGACCUUUUCAUCAACACCUGUGACCUAGCUAGCGAGACCCAGCGGUGGACCGUGGACUUCGUGGACGAAGAAAUGAUGGCCAAGUGGAGCUUAGCCAAAACCAGAGUCACUGGACCCAUAGAAGACCCCUAAUUGACGCAAGUAAGAUCCCGUGUUUUGUAAAAGUUGGGUAAUAUUUCUGUUGAAUGAAACAAUUUUUAUUGUUUGGUCAAGGCGUGGAUGGAUACUUAAAUCAGUCUUGUUUGGUUUUAAAUUUAUAUAUAUGAGGUGUUCUAGAACAAACGCUUUUCCUUUAGUCGUGGUUUAGGUCUUUAAUUUAAUUGAAUAUUUGUGUUUUACACUUAGAAAGUUCGAAAACAAAAAAUCAUCCAUAAUUGUACUUUUUAUAGAAAACUUAUAAAGUAUUUUAUUGGUGAUCGCGUUUCUAAGGUCCUGUGUUUGUUACAUCUUGUAAAGAAAUACGCACAGGGCCUACCUUGACAUUUAGUAAUAAAUUCGAAAAUGAGUUGAUUUCAGUUUGGGACGGCUUCAUAUGUUACCGUCUAAACACCUUUAUUUGAAAAAUAUUUUUUUUUUUACCAAAAAGUGGUUAUGUUUAGGUUCAAUAUUACUAGUCUAGCUUUGUAGAAUGUAAAAUUGUAAAUAGUUAGGGUUCUUUUGUUAGGGUAGAUUAUGCAAUGUUGCCCGCGGUCGCAUUUAUACUCGGUAGCUAUGUGUCGACUUCGUUGUUAUGACAUAAUAUACACUUUAAUGUGUAGAUCUAUAGAAAAUUAAAUAAAUAUAAAAUGCAUCGUUUUAGUUACACCAUGUCUAACUCUAGAACGGCUAGACCGAAUUUGAUAAUCUUUGUAACAUUCUAAAUGUUUUUGGUUCGAAAUAAUAGAAAUGAAACACGAAAAAUAUAUCAAGAAAUUAGUUUUUCAAUGCAUUCGAACAUUCCAUUUAGGUAGCCUAAUAUUUUAUAUUUAAAUUAAAAUUUCGAACAACAAAAUUUUUAAUAUUUAAAUUUCGAACACGAUGUUCCUGAAAUAUUUUAAACCCCAUUUUUUAUCACAUUCCAUCACAUUAUUUUUUUAUUUAAAUAAAACAUCUCAUAAUAAUCUUUAGGGAAAAAAAUAAAACCUUCUUGGUGCUAUUACUGAGUUGUAUAAUAUAAAUCCAUAAUAAUUUUUGUAUUAUUUUUCAAUGUUAACUACCUAUAUUACCUUUUUAAAUGAACAUUUUGAUACAGUAUAUUAACCUCUAUGCCUAUUAAUAUUGAGACUUGUUUUGAUGAAUGACUGAUUUUAUAUGGAAGACGUGAAAAACUUAUUUUUUAAAUUAAUGCACUAUUGCAAAUUGUCGCUUUUAGUCAUUACUUUUAUGAUGUUAAAUUGUGUGUGUUUAAAUGUAGCUUUUAUAAUAACUAAUAAUAUUAAAAUUAUGUAUUGUUUUUAUUUAAAUUAUUUAUGCAUUUUAAUACUUCAUGUAUUGAAAUUACCAGUGUAUUAAGAGGCUUCUUGUCAUAAAGAGGUUAUAAUCAAUAGAAAACAGUUCUCGAAAUAAUUAUAUUAUUGAAAGUCUUAAAAUAAAUCUAGUCUGGCUUUCUUUUAAUAAAUCAAUGGUUGGUAAAACUGGCUAUUUUGUUCCUUGCUGUUCUAUCAAUUUUCAAUAAUAAUCAAUAUUUUGAGUUAUUUAGUUGAGUUAACUAAUCCUAUACUAACUUGCUUCAGAGACAUUUAAUGAUUACUUAAACUCAUCCUUAGUAACGAUUAUGUAUCGAAAACAAUUGCUAAGGACUUGGUUAAGUAACCAUUAAAUGACUGAGUACAACUUGUAAUUCGGUUGAUUCAAAUGUAUUUAGCAUAAUAUUAAUAUGGUAUUAUAACUAUUUUUAAUUUGUUACAAAAAGUGAAAAGCAUAAUUAUUAGUCAUUGUAGAAAAUUAUUUGUUUAUGUUUAUGUAUUUAAGUAUUAAAGAUAGCUGAGAUUGUAGUAACCAUAUAAAUUAAAGUAGAAGUUACGUAUUUCUGACAGUCCAAGUAUUAACUAAAAUCAGUUAAUAUUUUCUUUAUGAAUUACAUAAUAUCACUUUUAACCCCCGAAACUUAUGAAUACAUGAAUGAUUAAAUUGUAAUAGUAGUGUUAAAAUGUAUACUGUAGUAUAUAGCAGUAGAUAAAUAUUGAUGUCAUAUAAAUUGUAAGUAGUUAAUGACUUCCAAAUGUUAAAUUAGAAUGUAUUUUUAAUACGCGCUUUAAGAGGCAAAGGUAGGCCUUAGUCGCCAUUGAAUGGUCAUUUUUGUAUGAGGUACGGUCACGGUAGAUGUUAAAUGAUUUUUUUUAAAGAAAGUAUUGUAUUACCGUGACGAUGAUUGGGUGAUAUUUGCCAAAUAAGUAUGUGAAAGUCGAUUCUGUUGUACGUCAUUGUUUAAAUAGCGUGACCCGUUCACUCCAGUGAAUCAUAAUCCAGUGAUUGUAUUAAUAAUAGUAUGAACCGAAGUUAUUGAUAAAAUUUUAAUAUUGGUAAAUAAAAGAAUAUAUUUAUAUCUAUUUACUAAAACAGUAUGCAACUAAAAAGUAGACUUGUCCUGGUAUUUUAGAAUUAAAAUGGUAUCUUUUUCAUGCAACUGAUUAGUGGUAGAAUGAAGACAAAGCUUUCUAUUGUUUAAAUUUAAUGUUCUUUAGAUAUUAUAAUUUUUCAUUUAGUGAGACUUUGUCGUACAACAGAAUGGAUAUGUUAGAAAAUGCUUUGUAUGUCGUUGAAGCUAUCACUUCGCAUUUUGUACAACAUAGGCUAUGGUGUAGUAAUGUUAUAGUAAACAUGAUAAUGUUCGUUGUGCUAAUAUUUUUUGUAUAUAACUAUUGUUGAUUUGUUUGUUUAAACGAGUCUAUUCCAUUGUGAAACAUAUCACUAGUUGUAUAUAAGCACUUAAAAUUUAUUUGUAUAUUGAAAUAAAUUAUUUUUAUAAUGCAAA